AUGAAGUGUCAAAGACUCGCCUCGGUGGCCCUUCGCCAGGCCCGCGCCCCGGUUUCGCGCGUACAGGUUCCCUCCGCAUAUCGGAAUCCCAACAACGCUGCAGCGACACAUCUCGGCAGCCGUCAACACGCCCGCCGAUUCACUUCGAAACCGGCCCGCAAGGCUUCCAACAGCCCAGGCGAUGCCUCGAACCCCGCUAUGGCGUUUCCGUGUCUGGACGCAUUGGAGAACCGAUCUGCGACCCUCGAGGCAAGAUACGAGUCGAGCGGUCCCGAGCCCUCUUACACGGCCGGCGCGACGGAAACAUACCAUUGCAAGGACCCCUUGUUGCUCGACUGGGGCGGCGUCCUACCCGAAUUCGAGAUCGCAUACGAGUACUGGGGCAAGAUGAAUGCCGACGGGUCGAAUGUCAUACUGCUUCACACUGGCCUCUCGGCCUCAUCACAUGCGCAUUCUACCGAGAGUAACCCCAAGCCUGGCUGGUGGGAAAAGUUCAUCGGCCCAGGAUUGGCCUUGGAUACCGACAAAUACCACGUUAUCUGCACGAACGUCAUCGGCGGCUGCUACGGAUCGACGGGGCCGAGCAGCAUCGACCCUGCGGACGGCCAGCGGUAUGCGACCAGAUUCCCAAUUCUCACCAUGGAAGACAUGGUGCGCGCACAGUUCCGCCUUCUUGACGGGUUAGGGGUCGAUAAACUAUAUGCCAGUGUUGGAUCCAGCAUGGGUGGCAUGCAAUCUCUAGCUGCUGGCGUCCUCUUUCCCAACCGCGUUGGCAGAAUCGUGUCUAUUAGCGGUUGCGCCAGAAGUCACCCGUACAGUAUCGCGAUGCGCCAUACCCAACGGCAGGUGUUGAUGAUGGACCCCAAUUGGAAUCGAGGCUUUUAUUACGGCAGAGUGCCGCCUCACGCUGGCAUGAAACUGGCGCGCGAGAUUGCGACGGUCACAUACCGGUCGGGUCCGGAAUGGGAGCAACGUUUUGGCAGGCGGAGGGCGGAUCCCAGCAAGCCCCCUGCGCUAUGCCCCGACUUUUUGAUCGAGACAUAUCUGGAUCACGCGGGUGAGAAGUUUUGUUUGACGUAUGACCCAAAUAGUCUGCUAUAUGUCAGCAAGGCUAUGGAUCUGUUUGACCUGGGACGUGAAAACCAGAUGGCCGCCAGCGCGAGAAGAGCAGAGCGCGCGAAGCUCAUGCAGUCCGGAGUCGGCCCUACGCGCAACGAUGCAGCCUGCAGCCUCACUCUCCCUGAGAAGCCAUAUGAGGAGCAGCCCGAGUCCAACGGCGGUGCCUCGGACCAGCCUAGUGAAGUGUCUUCCAGGCCGCCCGAAGACCUCAUCGCAGGCCUGGCGCCCCUGAGAGAUAUUCCGGCUCUCGUCAUCGGAGUGGCCAGCGACAUCCUCUUUCCGGCUUGGCAGCAGAGGGAAGUGGCGGAGGCUCUGAAGCUCGCGGGCAACAGGAAUGUUGCGCACUUUGAGCUGAGCGAGGAGAUGAGUUUCUUUGGCCACGACACGUUUCUGUUGGAUUUGAAGAACAUUGGCGGAAACAUAAAAAACUUUCUUGAAUGA